ACCGUGUCUAUAAUCAAUUUAUGGAUUUUAAUUACAAAUGUCGUUUACGGUAUAAAUGUCGCGCAUACAAUUGGCCAAAUGCAGUCGUGCCUGGGUAACCUUGCCAUAUCGGCAAAUUUUCUCGAGUUAAACGCAGAAAUUAUCUACAUUUUCGAAGAAGCGUCGCAUAUAGAAAAACACAUCUUAAAAGGAACGCAUAAACUUGCUUUACUAGGUGAAAUCCAAAACAUCAGAUUUUGUUAUGUCGCCACCAGAUGUAUUUUAUUUAUGGAAAAGUUAACGGAUGCGUUUAAUCAAUUUAAUCGCAACGUUAAAUAUUUUGGAAAUUCGAAUCUUUUGGAUCGAUUCCUCUGCAAAUAUAGUGUCUUGUCCGAUAUCGUGCGAAGGUUUACGGCUAGUUUCGGAAUAAUUUUACUCACGAUAGUGUUAAUAAUCUCGACGGGUGUUACGGUAAUUGCAAUUGAAUUAAUCAAAGUUGAGUAUCAUCGAAUGGACGAAUUGAAAAUGGUAGACUUCAUUACAGCGUGGUUGCAGAUAGUGCUUUUGGCGAAUGCUGGAGAACGCCUUUCCAACGAAGGAAAGAGAACGGUGGCAAUUUGUUACGACCUCCUAUUCCGAAAACCUAAACGAGUAUUCAUCGCGCUGCAACUCGACGACCCUCGUCAACAACUACUUCUUCUGGCUCAACAGGCAGCGUUCAGAAGACCCGAAAUAUCCGCAGCCGGUUUUUUUCCAAUAAAUCAUUCGCUGCUGAUUGUUGUCAUUUCGACUGUGUGCUCGUAUUUUAUUGUCGCCAUGCAGAUUUUGUAACGAAAUAUAAGCGCGGGUAAACAAAUAUUGAUAUUUGCUAAAUAUGCAACAAACAUUUUGUUUUUUAAAUUUUAGUGGAUGAUUCUUUUUGGCGCUAAUUGAAAAUUAUGCAUAUCGUCGGUGAUACUAGUAAGAAUGUUAAAAACCACAACCUGGGCGUAAGGGUAACGAGGUACGGUAUUAGCGAAACGGACGAUCCUAAAAAUUGAAAAAAUAAUUAAGAAAAUGUUUCUUGAAUUGUAAAACUCGGUUUCUACAAAACUUUCUAUUACUAUUUACAAAUCUCUCGGAUUCCUCCUGCAUCCCUUGCUGACGUUUCGCCAAUCAACAGUAUGAACGCCAUUCAGAGCUCAACUGAAACUGGCUGGCAUUCCCUCGUAUGGCUGAUUCCCAUAUCGGUGAAAGGUCUGAGUCGCGAUUAAGCUUUUUUGGUUGCUUAUAGAUUCCUAUAGAUUCUCGGAUUUUUCGUUGGUAGAAGAAUUUUAGUUUUAACGAAUAGAAUUUGAUGUCCGGUUUCGUGAUUGUGUUCGGCAACUACUGAUGAGUUUAUUUGAAGUAGUCUUCAGGCUCUUUCAUGUUCUUUGAACCUAGUUGAUAUUUUGCGUCGGAUCGAAGUUAUAUUUCUUAAGAACUUUUGAUAUGUGGUUAGUGAUGUUUUGAAUGUAAGGAAGGACAACAGUGGCAAGUGUGGGGUUGCCUUCGGACGCAUUGUAUUUGGAAGGUUAUGGUGAAGUGUAUUUUGUGUUGAAGUGCUUAAUAUCCGACGAAUUUUAGGCUGGUUGGUGAUGUGACAAUGCAUUAAGAUAUGCGUGUCUGUGUGCGUAGGUCUGAUUUUCUAUUGAUAACAAUAUCUAAGAAUGGGAGAUAAUUAUUAGUGUCUAAUUCAAUAGUAAAACGAAUGUCAGGGUGUAAAGAGUUUAAAUGAUUAUGAAAAUCUCGGAGGGAUUCUUGACUAUGAGGCCCUAUGACAAAAGUGUCAUCAGCGUUUCCAUAAUUUUAGUUUUAGAUGGAAGGUCUCGAGGGCUUUCUUCUCAAAGGCUUACAAAAUAUAUUCCCGAUUAUCGGGGAUAAUGGAGAAUCCAUAGCUGUUGCCGACGUUGGUUUUUCCACUUGUGUUCAUGACCACCGUAGUAUUUAUUUUAGCGAUUUUAGAGCAAUGCGUUCAAGCUUUGGGAUAUUGGAUGUAGGGGUUUUGAUUAAAAAAAAAUCAGUUUUAAAUCGAAUUUCAAAAAUGUCAGUGUAUAGAGAAGAAAUCUUUACAGUUUUAGUUUCUGCUUUUUCGCUUGAUGUACUCUCCAUAACGGCUUGUUAAUUUUUCAUGCCACUCCGUUAGCUCCGCCCCCCUCAAACAAUAUAACCAGAUACAGACUAGAAUGCAAACCGGUUUCAGUUAAGCUCUGAAGAAGCCAACAGGAUCAUUGGCUAAGGGAGAAGGAAUGCAGAAGACAUAGUAUUAUGGUAGCACGUGGAAGUUUCUAAAAAAAAUCUAUUUUUAAGCAUAGUUUAAAGCUGAGACAAAUUCAAAUAUUUUUUGUUGAAUGCCGUUUGCUUGAUUUCUACAAGAAAAGUGGCGGUGUUUUAAUAAGCUUGGAGUCGUUAAAAGGUGCUUUUUCCUAGGCUACGAGUGAUACGACUGGGAUUGCUUAUCUUGACACCAGGCGGUGUGUUCAGUCUUAAUCAUAUUCUAGCAAAUAAAAUAAAAUCUGGAUUUUUUUAAAAAAAUUAUUAAGUUCUAAUUAUUCCGAAUUUAACAAAUAAAACACUAAUUUAUUAUUUAGGAUGUUCAAAUGAUAUUCAAAAUUAAAGUAAAAUGUUAUUAUUUCUCCUUAUUACUUUUUCUACACUAGCUUCGAAGGGCACCAAAUAUUUAAUAUUUUAAGUUAUUUUUUAGUAAUAAUUAGGUUUAGUCAACUAACUAAAACUAAUGAUUUUUUUAUUAAUUAUUGAAUUAUUAAUUAUUGAAUUAUUUAUGUAUUAAAAUGUAUUUCCCGGGCAUUAGAUUACAAUGAGUUUAAGUAAGACAUUUUGUAAUGCACUACUAACAUUUAACAAAUAAAAAAUAAUUACAACGGUAGGCAAUCAAGAGACUUUCACUUUGAAGAUCAAAGAAAAACAUGAAGAUGAGUAGCGUUUGAUCAGAUAAAAACAGAAAUUGUUUUCAUGUCUAUCUUAAUAAUUAUAUAUGAAUUAUUUCUGUCAGAAAAGUUAUAUUAUUAAUUGUUUUAAUGGUUUUCCACAUUUUACUGCUUAAAUAACGUGAAUACUUAAAUAAAAUUUUAAUGCUAAAUAUUUGAAAAUUGCUAAGCAUGUCUAAAAGUAGAAAUGUCAGCUCCUGGGUAAUUUGGUGCCCUUCAAAGGUAUUGUAAAGAAAGUAAUAAACACUUUAAGUAAUAUUUGGCUUAAUAAUUGCUUACUUUUCUUUUUUAAAUUUUCAGGACCACCCGUUUCCCUAAUGCAUCGUUGCUCUUACUGGGAUUGCCGGUAUAAGUUGCCAAUGCAUUACAUAAUUUAACAAUAUAGGGGACCUAUAAAUAAAUAUAUUUCGAAAAUUGAACUGAGGUGGUUUUUAUUUGAUGAAAAUCCAUUUAACAAAAUAAAUAAGAACUAAAAGUUCAGAUUUUCACGAAAUUAUAUAUUUUCAUAUGACAAUUGUUUCGAAAACACCGUGUCUUUAUCAAAUGUAUACAUGAAACAAUUGUCAUUUGAAAAUAUAUAAUUUCGUGGAAAUUUGAACUUUCAGUUCUUAUUUAUUUUGUUAAAUAUAUUUCUGUUAUUUUGGAUGUUAAGAAAUUAGCAUUCUAUGACAAUUCCAGGUUGUGGCCUGUAGUUUGUACUGUCCAACCAAAUAUAUGAAUAGUUUAAAUUUAAAUAAUUUAAAUUUUAUUAUGUUGAGUGAAAAAUAUUUAGUAGACUUAUAGCUAGUAAUAUAAUACUGUGUCACAAUCGUCAAUAAAUGCUUAGUGUUCCAGUUGAACGAAACAAUUAUCGCUAUUAAUUUCCUGAUUACCAUUAUCCUUGAAAUGCCACCAAAACUUCUUUCAGAAAAAUAAUAAAUGUAAAUAUUCUCGUCAAAACAAUCCCUCACUGGCUAUAGUACGACUCUAUUAUGAUUAGUUUUUAGGAAGAAACUGCACUUGUGUCCAUAUUAAUGGUACUGACACUGACAGAUUUUCUGCGUAACCGUUUGGCACUAAUAGUAACCCGAAUAUGUCCAAAUCAAUAAAAAGGAAAAAGUUGGACGAUGUUUUGUUUUCCUUAUAUUGCGAGAAAAACUCUGAUGGUACUCGGCAUCUGCGACUUCGGGGAAGAGAGUUAUUUCAAAGAAUCGGAAGACGUCUAAGUGAAGACGAUAUGCAGCAGCUCACAAUUUUUUUAACCAAAAAUCCGGAAGUAACCUCUUUGGAUCUGUCAUAUAAUAACUUUGGCAACUAUGGAAUUCAAAUUCUGUCGCAAAAUUACCUCAACACAGAAAACAACCUGAGUUACUUAAAUUUGCUGCACUGUGACAUUGGUGUAGAAGGAAUGAAGUGGUUGUCCUCGGGAGCAUUUUUGAGAUUUAAGGGAAUCAGAUUGCUUGGGAAUAAGCUGGGCGUUGAAGGUGCGCGUUAUAUCGGUCAACUUAUAGAAAAUUGUCCAACCUUAGAAGAUUUGGAUAUUGGAGAAACCGAUCAAACUCUUGAGAGUAUCGAAUCAUUACUCAUUAUCAUUGAGAAAAAUCCACUGAAAACACUUAAUAUGUCCCGAAUUAUUCCAAAUUCCUACUACGCCAGAUGUAACAACUCGACGUUGGCUGACGACUUAGGGGUAUUGCUAAAAUUAAAUCAAACUUUAGAAGAAAUCGCAGUUCAGAAGUGUGAGUUUGACGGGCACGACUUAGAGCUUUUAGUGGCUGGCCUUCAAGUGCAUCGCAACCUGUUGGUGCUCGAUUUGGGGGCUAACAGAAUAGGUGAUCACGGUAUAGAGGUUCUGAUUACAUGGUUAAAGACCAGACCUUUACUGAACGUGUUGCGGAUUCCUUCUAACGCUGUUACAAACAUUGGAGCGAGAGCUUUGAGUUUCUUUUUGCCAUUUACUCGGAUCAGAUUGUUGGAUUUACAAAAUAACAAAAUUGGAGAUCAGGGCAUAUCAAAUAUGCUCGACAGCAUUAAAAAGCCAACACCUCUUAGAAUAUUGUAUAUUUGGGGAAAUUCUGUCGGAGACUACUCGCUUCAGAAAAUUGAAAGGCUUUUAAAUGCCGGUGUUUUGGAUCAAGGCUUUAUCGAUAUAAAAAUAUACUACGUGGAUGGCCAACGAAAAUGUGCGCACCAUGCAACAGAUCGUUACAAGACAAAACUUUAUUCCACAUUAAAAUACGGGUUUUCUCCGGACCCAAAAAUUAAAACCAAUAAAGUACCAGAAGCUGCAUCUCGAACACAUGCCUUGAUCGCGGCCAAUUUCCUGGACAGAUUUCCACCAGUGGAGUUCAGUCUCUCCGAAAAAGACAGCGUGUAAAGAUUUUGUGCAUAUAUUUAUUUUAUUUUAUUAUAGGCCAAAUUAAAUGGCGGAAA